AUGUCUGAACUAUAUAACACGAACUUUGCCAUUCACUCUCAGGAUGCAGAGUCUAUCCGGACUAGCCUACGAUUGGAGCUCGCCUCGAAUAUCGUUGAGGAUCAGAAGGCUAUAUCCGGCCGCCUUGGCCUGGAAUUAAUCUCUUCGCAGCUCGUGGAUGAUUGCCACAGCCAACUGCUUCGGGACAAAAAGGAUGAUAUUGAAAGCCUGCAGGACAUCGUUGCGCGAGCAGAGAGCAAGAGUGACAACGCGAAGGACAGCUUGAAGGAAGAGUUUGAAACGCACAUGUACCAACCUCUAGUCGACAUUAUCGAUUAUAUCGCAUCCUUCGGAGGGUCCACGCCAAAACGACGGUGGAUCCACUCAGAAGCACAUGUGAUAGGAAACGGUAUGCCUUACUCCAAGCCCGAUUUAAGACUUGGGGAUCCUUCUGGCGAAUUGAAGACUUGGCGUGACCUCGCUGCGUUUGGUGUAGUGAAGCUGAACGCCGUACAGGGCAUGGCUCCGGGACAGGCUAUCAAGGGCUCCGAUGCCCUCGUCCAGAGUGGCGAUUACGCCCGCCUGCAUCUAGCGGGCUCUCCCUUUCGGCUUUUCUCCAUUGCACUCAUGAUCACUGGCAAUAACUUCCAAGUCGCCAUCUUCGACCGAGCUGGUGUCGUUGUGUCUCCCGCCGCGGAUAUCUGGACGGAUACCAAAACCUUCAUUCGGGUCAUUCGUAGACUCACGUGCGAUCUCUCGCAUAUUGAAAUGGGUUGCGACCCGUCCGUCUUCGAACUACCAUCCCAUGCCGAAUUGUACCCUUUUAUUCGAAAAACGGCGAAGUCUUUGGGUGUUCCACGCGAUUCUCUUGACUACCCGUCGUUCCUUGUCCAAUGCCGUAGGCGCAUCUCCACGCUCGACGGUAUAGAUACCCGUUCCUGCCACGACCACGAUCGAGAUGACUGGGAAACCCACAAAUGGCUGACAAUUGGUCCCCCCGUUUGGGUUUCUCUAUCGCUACUUGGACGUGGGACCAGUAUUUGGCGUGUCAUGCCCUAUAAAGAAGAUGACUUCGAUUCCAGCGCCGAGGUGUGUAUCCUGAAGAAUACAUGGCGAAAUAGUCACCGUUCCUCGGAGUCAGAAACAUACGAGACAGUUGAAGGAGGCCCCGAUGGGGUCGCCAACUUCUACUGCGGUGGCGAUGCUGUCUUUCCAUGGGUAGAAACUUCGCCUGCCAUCAGCGUUGUAAAUAUCCGUAACACGGAUUAUCGCAUCAAUCGCGCAAAUCUACUGGGUAUCCCCAAUCAUCGUUCCAUCGACCCCACCCCUAUGCUGCAUCGGCUCAUCCUCAAGACUGUGGGACGCCCUCUUUGGGAUGCCGUUGAUUGGAUGGAACUCAUGAGGGGCUUUCGGGCUGCCUUACUUGGCCAUGGUAAAUUAUGGGCACAAGGCAUACUCCAUCGCGAUAUCAGUGCCGGAAAUAUACUCCUCGCUGUAGGGGCUGCUGAAGAGGGUCAAGAAGGGUUUAUUACCGAUUUGGAAUUCGCUCGCCUUCGUCAUAUCAGGCAAACCCGAAGGGGGGUGAACGAAGAUGGUACAGAAACGAUAGCCAAAGCAUGGACUGAUUCACCGCGCGGAUUGCUGCUGACUGGCACCGUUCAAUUCAUGGCAAUUGAAAAACUCACGGCAGUUGUUGGUCGGCCGGGCGGUUCUGAAAGUGACGACAAGCUCCAUUAUGACCUCGAAUCCUUCAUCUGGGUCUUCGCGUAUACCGUCAUGCGCCGCCUUAUGGCCGAGAAACGCUUGGACGCGGCUUCAACCAAACGCAUCCAUAAAUGGUUCAAAGAAUGCUUCUGCAGUUUGUCGAUUUCGACUAUAAUCUCGAAUCGUACUGCACGCAUACCUCUCCAAUUACCAAUCUCCAUCGGUGACGAUAUCCUUCCGCAGCCUAUCCAGGAUCUCUCCACACAGCUAAGCCAGAUGGUUCAGUUCAACCAGUCGGCUGAUGAAUACGCCAAAUUAGCCAAAAAGGGACGGAAGGUUAUAGUGCUAGUCCAGCGACUCACACACCAGUCUUUGAUUGAACCCAUAGAUUUCACAAUCUCCGAGUUGCAAUCACUUGAGAGUUGA